CGUGACAACAGGACUCCAUGGAGACGGCGCAGCCUGAAGCGGGCCGGUUUUCUCCGUGUUUGGACGCAGCCGCAGGUGAUGCUCCGGCCCAGGUACUUCACGCCCUCCGAGGUGGCGGCUCACAACACGGCGGAGGACCUGUGGGUGUCCUUCCUGGGCAAAGUGUGCGACCUGAGCCCCCUGAUGAGCCGACACAAAGGUGACAUUCUGCUGCUGCCCAUCAUGGAGUUUGCAGGGAAGGACAUCAGCAGCUGGUUCGACCCCAAGACUGAAGACAUCCUGAAAUACGUCGACCCUCUGACCAGCUGUGUGGCGUACUACACCCCCAGGGGGCGCUUCCUGCACAUCCCCCCCACCGGCCCUCGCUCCGACUGGGACGGCGACAUCGGACAGCCGUGGUGGAAGGACCGCCGUUACGAGGUGGGGCUGCUGUCUGCUAAAACCGGGUGGAUACGAGUCGUCAACACGCUGACAUCACAGGAGCAGCGGCUGGAGGUGUGCUCAGAGGAGAAUCUGAAUGAGAUCCUCCAGCGUUACCUGCGCUACAACUCCCACGCCCGCAGCUACACCUGGAAAUACAACGGCGCCGUCCUGGAUAUGAACAAGACGCUGAGCGAGAACAACGUCCCCGACGACGACCUCGAGCUCGAGCAGCUGCGCCUGGACCGAGACGCGUUCACCCCCGCCGUCCUCCUCCACUACAACGACGACCUCACUGAGGGCUGACCUCCGACCUCUGAUCGCAGACUCCAGCGUGGCAGAUAUUUUAUUAAAGCAAGUGCAGCUCACCGGAGUUUUAGAGCUUUGAUCUGAGCUGCAGGUCAGUGUGGGCGGAGUCUCAGACACUGAGCCUGCCUCUUUCUUUGGCCUUUGUGCAGCUUUGACCUCCUAGUUGGGUUAACCUCCUGUCACCCAGAAGGUGACCAGUUGGGUCACCGUGACCUUUGUCAUGGCCACGUUCUAAUAAAGGAAACCCUGACUACAAGGUGUUACCACGACGAUGGCUAAUUUACUGCAUGAUUAGGUUUAAUGUUGUGUUGUUGGUUGUGUUAGUAAAGUUCUUUUAACCCUUUCAA